UAUGUCUGACUAGUCUCCAUCUCACUAUUUUACAUUUCUCUAUCCCAAAAAAGAGUACAAGCACACUACCACUCAAAAUUACAGACUCAUUCAUCACUCUAAAUAAAUCUGUAGAUCGAAUAGAAUCAUUCAUCCGAUCAUCGCAUGGAUCUGAAGCAACAAAUUUCGGAGGAGAAGAAAAUCUGCACUGAUUGUCGCACCACCAGAACUCCUCUCUGGCGAGGCGGUCCUCACGGACCUAAGUCGUUGUGCAAUGCGUGCGGAAUCAAGUACAACAAGAGGAGGAGAGAGAGGCUGGGAUUGGAUACCGGAAACCGGAAAAAGAAGAGGAGCGAAGAUCGGAGCAGCAAAGUCGGAGAGAUUUUGAAGAUGCGAUUCAUGAGAUCAAGUAAGCUGAUGAGCAAACUAAGGGAGGAAGAGCAGGCUGCGAUUCUGCUCAUGGCUCUCUCUUGCGGAUCGGUCUCUGCAUAGUUCAGUUGUACGUCGCGCUGUUCUUGUAGUACCAGGAGAGACUCUAAUGUUUGUAGUGGAGAGUAGUGGAGAGUAGUGUGAGUAUGUAUGGCUUUUCAUUUAUUUUAUUUUAUUUUAUUCAAUGCUUUCUUUUUAUUUUUACUUUUUCUCAGUGAGAAUGUGUGAUGUAAUGUAAUCCGCUAACAAUGAUUGUUUGACUAUAUUUUUGGAGUUAAUUUCUUUACUUUAGUUUA